AUGGCUCAUUCAGCUCUGUCUCAGGUCUUUGUCGCUGUUUCUAUUAACAGUGAUUCGUCUCUUCGGGGACCAAGCUUUAAGACCAAUAUCAUAAGCUUUCGUGAUAAAUCAUGGAUAUCUGUCUUACCUAUCGACUUUAAGACCAAGAAUUCACAGUCAAGAAAUCCGUCUAGGGUUUUCAUGUCAGUGCAACAAGACAGCAAACCUAACGUUGUAGUUUCACCUUUAGAACUUGAAGAUGCGAAAGAGCCUCCAUUGAACUUGUACAAACCGAAGGGACCAUACACAGCAACCAUUGUGUCGGUUGAGAGGCUUGUUGGCCCAAAAGCUCCAGGAGAGACGUCUCAUAUUGUGAUUGAUCAUGGCGGCAGUGUUCCCUACUGGGAAGGUCAAAGUUAUGGCGUAAUUCCUCCCGGUGAAAAUCUGAAGAAACCGGGAACUCCCAACAAUGUUCGUCUUUACUCAAUUGCAUCUACCAGGUAUGGGGACUUUUUUGAUGGAAAGACAGCCAGUUUGUGUGUCCGGCGUGCUGUCUACUAUGAUCCUGAGACUGGAAAAGAAGACCCUUCAAAGAAAGGUGUAUGCAGCAAUUUUCUAUGUGACUCGAACCCUGGAGACAAAAUUCAGAUCACAGGUCCCUCUGGCAAAAUAAUGCUUUUGCCUGAAGAAGAUCCAAAUGCCACACACAUUAUGAUUGCUACUGGUACUGGUGUGGCUCCUUUCAGAGGCUAUCUUCGCCGGAUGUUCAUGGAGAACGUUCCUACAUUCAAGUUUGGUGGUCUUGCUUGGCUUUUCCUUGGGGUGGCAAACACUGACAGUCUUCUGUAUGAUGAUGAGUUCACCAAGUAUCUUCAGGAAUACCCAGAUAACUUCCGGUAUGACCGUGCUCUUAGCCGAGAACAGAAGAAUCAGACUGGAGGCAAGAUGUAUGUGCAGGAUAAAAUUGAAGAAUACAGUGAUGAGAUCUUCAAACUCUUGGAUAAUGGGGCCCAUAUUUAUUUCUGUGGGCUCAAGGGGAUGAUGCCAGGGAUCCAAGACACACUAAAGAAGGUUGCAGAGCAGAGAGGGGAGAGUUGGGAAGAGAAGCUCUCACAACUCAAGAGGAACAAACAAUGGCAUGUUGAAGUCUAUUGAUGUUGUGUACUUUGCAGCAAGGUCAUUCCUGACUUCAAUCAGAACAGGAUGCAUUCUUCCUGUUAGGUAAUGUGACAUUUGUUUGUUAUCUUUAUCAUGCACUAGUUGAAUCGAAGUUGACAUUCAUCUUUAUUAUUGGUUGACGAAGAGGAUAAAUUGUUCUCUUGUCCAAUGCAAAUUAAGAACUCCUGGGUAAUUUAAUGAGAUAAUUCUGCAUUGUUGUCUAAUUUCUAAGUUUUAUGUACUUUCAUAACGUGAAAUCAUGCUGUUUCCUGGUAUAUCUGAU